CAGAUUAAGACCAGAAGACCCCCCUGAUACUUUGGGUCCCUGAGCCUGUGCCCAGUAAGCCAAUUCGGUUAUCCAUCCAUCCAUGGGUGAAUGGUGCAGUUUAUGGACUUUACGGGGUUCACUGUACACUGCCUCUGCGUUAAGUCUAACAUCUGAUGGCAGUAGCCGGGGCCCCAGCACAAUCCUUGACAGACUGGAAAACUGGUCUGUGUGACUGCUUUGAGGACUGCAAUACUUGUUGCUAUGGUUUCUGGUGCUGCCCUUGCCUGGCCUGCACAGUGGCAGGAAAAUUUGGAGAGAACCCUUGUUUCCCGUUGUGUGACCUAUGCAGCCCUGCCGUUCUAUCAGCAGUCUGUGGGAUACCUCUAUGUGUACCUCCAGCAGUCCUUUCUAUACGGGCUGGUAUGCGACACAAAUAUGGUAUCAAGGGUUCUCUCUGCCUGGACGUCCAGAUUUCCUGUUUCUGCUCCUGGUGCUCCUGGUGCCAGAUGCAGCGGGAGUUAAUACAUCGCAGUAAACCUCCCACUGUCAUCAAUAUGUUUAAUCAAAACGCCAUACACGUACAAGUACAGCCUCCUCCAGUGAUGUUGGCUCAUGGACACCCAAAUCACGCUUUUGUGAACCACAGAGACCCAGUUUUUGUGAACCAACCACACGGCGUCAGGGCAGCGCACUGAUCUCUGUGGCUCCUCUUUAGUCUGAUGUGUCUUGUGAAGGUCUGUGUCUGUAAUCAUAUUAGAUGACCCGAAACAGUUGGAAAAAAAUUCCAAGUACAGCUGUCAAUAAGCAGCUCUGCUCAAACUUCCUUCUAAAAGCAAAACAUGGUCACGUCUCUUGCUUUCACUUCUUAACUGUUUGUCAAUAGUGCUUUGAAGAUUAAGGAAAUUUUCUUAUGACGUCCAAAUUAAUUGUUAGUUGUUGCUGACUGAUGCUGAGACUUGUAGCAGACAUACUGGUGUAUGUUAAAGAAGAGA